GUUUUGUUUUCAAAAUUGAUUGUAGCCUGGGGUUUAUCCCGACCAAGCACAGAUCUCCCUCAAAGCCGCCGUUUUUGGGAAGAAUCGGAGGGUUUCUUCACUCGGCCCGUCGGCGGCGCCGCCUUUCCUCCGGUCUACUUUCUCGCCGUCUUUGUUGCCAGAUUGCGAGUUCCUCUUCUCCGAUUCAAGCGCCGCCAUGCCGACAGUGAGCGUCGGCAGAGAUCGUCUCUUCCAGCUGUUGGGCAACGAUUACACUCAAGAGGAAUUCGAAGCACUUUGCUUUGAUUUCGGCAUCGAGCUCGACGAUGUGACUACGGAGACGGCAGUUAUUAGGAAGCAGAAUCAUCAGGACAAUGAGGAAGUGGGUGAGGAUGAGGAGGUGAUAUACAAGAUUGAGGUCCCGGCUAACAGGUAUGACCUUCUCUGCCUUGAAGGACUUGCACGUGCUCUUCGUAUUUAUCUGGGAAAGGAUGGCAUACCGGUGUACAGAUUGUCUAAUAUCAAGCGUGAGAACUUGACCAAAAUUCAUGUUAAACCAGAGACUGCAUUGGUUCGACCCUUUGUUGUUUGUGCCAUUCUACGGGGAAUAACUUUUGAUGAAGCAAGAUAUGAUAGCUUUAUAGACCUUCAGGACAAGCUGCAUCAGAAUAUAUGCCGGAAAAGAUCUCUAGUUGCUAUUGGAACACAUGAUCUCGACACAAUACAGGGUCCCUUCUCAUAUGAGGCCCAGUCACCUGAACAGAUAAAAUUUGUGCCUUUGAAGCAGGUGCGCAGCUUCACAGCAGAUGAACUUAUGGAAUAUUACAAAACAGAUAACAAAUUGAAGGCUUUCUUACAUAUAAUUAAGAAUUCCCCAGUGUACCCUGUUAUCUAUGACAGCAACAGAACGGUUUUAUCACUACCUCCAAUUAUUAAUGGUGCACAUUCAGCAAUCAGUUUGCAAACAAGAAAUGUAUUCAUUGAAUGCACAGCUACUGAUCUAACAAAGGCAAAAAUUGUUCUAAAUAUGAUGGUGACAAUGUUUUCGGAGUAUUGCCAAGAAAAGUUCGAAGUUGAACCUGUUGCGGUUGUACACUCUGAUGGAAGUACAAGCAUUUAUCCUGAUCUUUCAAUUACUAACAUGAAGGUUGACCUUUCAGAUAUUAGUGGUUCAAUAGGAGUUUCAUUGCCAGAACAGGAGGUCAUUCACUUAUUGAAGAAAAUGCAACUGCAAACUGAAGAGUCAUUAUCUCAGAGUGGAAAGUCUAGUAUUAUUGUUUCUAUACCUCCCACUAGAAGUGAUAUUCUUCAUCCCCGUGAUGUCAUGGAGGACGUUGCUAUUGCUUAUGGGUAUAACAACAUUCCAAAAUCAAAGCCUAAAUGUUUGACAACGGGAGGGUGGCAACCAUUGAACAGAUUUUCUGAUAAGAUCCGAGCAGAGGUUUCUAGGGCUGGUUAUUUGGAGGUGUUGACAUGGAUUUUGUGCUCACAUGAAGAAAACUUUAGUAUGUUGAAGCGAGUGGAUGCGGGGAAUGCAGUCAUCAUUGCAAAUCCUCGUUCAUCUGAAUUUCAGGUUGUUCGGAAUAGUCUGAUGUCGGGGUUAUUAAAAACCCUAAGGCACAACAAGGAUCACGCAAAGCCCAUUAAGAUAUUUGAAGUGGGUGAUGUUGUUAUAAUUGAUGAAUCCAAUGAUGUUGGUGCGGCAAAUAAUCGUCGACUUGCAGCAUUGUACUGCAAUGUAUACUCCGGAUUUGAGGAAAUUAUGGGCUUGGUUGAGAGAAUAAUGACAAUUGUGGCUAAACCUCAUGCAAGAUCGACAGAGCAUUACUAUGAACCUUCAAAUCUAGCUGAAUUCUUCCCCAAUAGACAAUGUAGCAUCGGUUUCAAGGGCAAAAAGAUUGGCAACUUUGGCAUUGUUCAUCCAGAGGUUUUGUCCGAGUUCAAAAUACAGGACCCUUGCUCAUUUCUUGAGAUUGACAUCCAGUCCUUGCUAUGAAGUCUCGGAAAUUAUGCAGCAUAUAAAUGCUCACCCUGUUUUACACUUGAUACCCAUUAGAAGGGAAGAUAGUUGUUCUAUUUUGUCAAAUUUAUUGCAGGAUGUCAGUUAAAAAUAUCGAUUCAAGCACUUUCUUAUUGGUCAUGCUCAAGUGCAAAGGAGACUGAUUGCCAACUAGUCGGUUGUCUUUAAGAACUCAGAACCACAUGGGAUUAGCUUUACAGUCCCAUUUAGUUUAAUUUUGUUCUCCAUAUUGACCAUUUCCGAAAGCAUAUUUCAUAGCUGCAAUUUCUAUUCCUUAAACAAUCAUUUUUCUUGUUGAUA